GAUUUCUGCUAGGAGAGGUGAGACAAGAAGAGACCUUUAGCAUUAGCGAUUCCCAGAUCAGCAACACUGAAUUUCUGCAGGUGAUUGAAAUCCAUAACCAUGAGCCUUGUUCAAAACUCUUUAGCUUUUAUGACUAUGCAGGCAAGGUUAAUGAGGAGAGUUUGGACAGGAUUCUUAAAGACCGAAGAAAAAACGUUAUUGGAUGGUACAGAUUUAGGAGGAACACUCAGCAGCAAAUGUCAUACAGGGAGCACAUCAUUCAUAAGCAGCUGACACACAUUCUUGGAGUGCCUGAUCUCGUCUUCCUUCUCUUCAGCUUCAUUUCCACUGCAAAUAACUCAACGCAUGCUUUAGAAUAUGUGCUUUUUAGACCAAACCGAAGGUAUAAUCAAAGAGUGUCGCUUACUAUUCCUAAUCUAGGCAACACUAGUCAACAGGAAUACAAAGUUUCUUCAGUGCCAAAUACUUCUCAGAAUUAUGCCAAAGUUAUUAAGGAACACGGUACUGAUUUUUUUGACAAAGAUGGAGUGAUGAAGGACAUCAGGGCUAUAUAUCAGGUUUAUAAUGCACUUCAGGAAAAAGUCCAGGCAGUAUGUAUAGAUGUAGAAAAAAGUGAACGUGUUGUUGAAUCUUUCCAAGCUGAUGUAAACAAGUUAAAAAGGCAAAUCGCACAAAAGAAAAAUGAAAAAGAGCAAGAAAUAAGAAUGCAGCAAGCGAUUUUGAGCAGGCAAAUGCCAACGGAUAACUUGGAACCCAUGUUCGUUCCCCGAAUGUCCUACACUGGCUUUGCUGUGGAAGGCUGCACGCUUGAAGAUCCGGAUGUCUCUGAUCCUCCGCCUCCGUAUUCCGAUUUCAGCGCGAGCAAUCCAGAAAGUACUGUUGGGCACGGUCUCCUGGAAAGCAAUGUGUUUAUGCCUCGACCUCAAGCAGUAGGUUCUUCCAGUUAUGUUUCCACAAAUGCAGGAUUGAAAUAUUCUGGUAAUGGAGCAUCCAUGCCAUCUUCCCAAAGAGCAGUUGGUGACAAUGUUGACGAAUCAGAAGACAGUGAUUAUGAAAACUUGCUUGAACCUACGGAGUCAUCCGACAGUGAAUACUCACAGACAAGGGAUUCACGACCUUCAGCACAUCCUGAUGGUGACUCCAGGAACACUCAAACUUCUCAGAUUUGAUAGGGGGGUGGAAAAAAAAAAAAAGAGAAAUCCACAUGACGCUGUUUUUUCAUAAUUGUUACAGAGAGAUUUUGGGGAUUUAACCUGGAGGAGAUGAACUACACAGGAUUACUGUGCACACAAAAUGUAGAAGACUUGCACUAGAUGGUUUGUUCACCUUGUGAUACAUUUUGCAAGUUUUAUAAUGGAAUCAUUAGGAUAAUCAAGUUGUACUAAUACUGAUGAGGUUCAUGGAUGUACUGGUAAACUUAGGCAAAAUGAAAUUUAUAGAGAUCUUGUAGCUUUUGUUGCCGUAUUUUUCUUUAAGACAAUAAAUUGGGAUGUAGUAACUAAGCACAGUUAGUCUACAAAUAAUGUUCUCAAAUCAAAACUUACCUCUUGCACUAUCAUGCCUUGAAUUUUAAUUUUUGAAAGGGAAUAAAUAUAUCAGCCGCCUUCAAAAUAGCUUUCCGAUGGUAAGCCAAAUCGGCCUUUGCAAGCAAAGAAAUUUUGAUAAUUCCGAGAAGCCUGAUUGGAACAGAUGUGGUCCACCUUCUUCUGUCGGCAUGCUCUUUUAUCAGAGAAGGGGUUUGUUUCAGCUUUUUUUACUAGCAGAAUGUGUGUAUCACUGAAAAUGAUGGUUGCCUUUCUUUCUGUAAAGGGGGUGGGGGUGGGGUGACUGGUAAAUCAUCCAAAUGAAUGUCAUAAAUAUAAUUAUUCUGGUUUCGCCGGGUUUACAGUGACUUUACGCCACACUAGCCUCAUUUAUUGUCUCAUUUGUUAUUUUAGCAUAAAUACAAAGUGCGCAUACAGGAGUCAAUGACUGAGAAGUAGUUAAGUUCCAUCAUGAUUGGUCUUUGGAGUCUGCAAAUUACCAACAUCAGAGACUGCUUCUUGCAUUUUAUUUGCAUCUGAAUAUUGGAUUUACGCUUCUAGAGGAGUCAUCUUAUGUAAUAAAUAGGGGAUAGGGUAGGAAAAGGUUGUUUGGAGAGUCCCCUGGGUUUAUUACCUCUUUUUUUUUCCUCUGGGUGAAAUGUGUCAGUGAUUAUUUUAAUUGGAAUUACAGCUCUUGUCAGAAAAUUGCCGUUUGGGAUAAAUGAAGUGUGGUAUAUUUAGAGAAUUUCAUGUUUGGAUGCACUUAUUUUUAUUUAAAUACUGCUUGUAUGCUAAUGUUGCCCAAAAUAUGUGAAAUUGUGCCACUCAGAAGUUUGUAUUGUUGGACUUUAUCCCUGAUCUGUAAAUGAGAAAAUACAUGUUUUAAGACGAGGUUAUCUUAAGCAUUGGUCACUUUGAGGUGGGAAUAACCACGUCUUUGGUUCGCACCCAGAAGAACAAAGCAGUCGCUUAAAAGUUUAAAUAGAUCGGAUUUACAGAAGACUAAAGUUUCAGUAGGUCUUGUACAGGUAGGCGAAAAAGUCUGUUCGUUAGCCGCUCCUUACCUGCGCGAAAUUCAGCGAAACGACCUUGGGAAAAAAGGAAAUGUUAAACUUGCCACUCUUCUGUCGAGUGUUCUCACCUUUAGCGGUCUGUUUUAACUAUUUUACGUCAUUCUCCUUAGCCUUAACUUGAUGCAUUUUUUGUCUCCGAGUGUUGCGACCCCUUUGGCACAGGACUCGCUCCGGGGAUCCCGCGGGCUCUCUGCAAAGCACCUGUGGGUCGAAAUCCGAAUUGACGAGAUGGCAACGACCGGUUGUUUGGGUUUUUUUAUCUUUAUUCCGCACAGAAACCUGCAAAAUGUACAUCUCUGACAAAGCAGUUAAAUGUGACAAUAAAAUCUUAUUUAAUCCUGUAA